GCUACAACGCACAGUCACGAUGCCGUAGUGCUUGUUCGGAAAGUCGUUUCUUGUAUAGUGGUGUGUGAGUGCUUAUGCGAACGUUAAGGAAGGUGGCGCCAGUGUUCUGAACACCGAAGCUGAACAGACAUUUUCCUUCCUUGCCCAAAAACCAUCGGAAGUCACUGACAAUGUCCCGGAAGACGAUGGCAGAGGCGCGCGGUAUCGUGCUAGGCUGGGGCCCGAAAAUGGGGGAGGACGCACCCUUUCUGCAGCGCCUGUGGCCGGCAGUUCUGGCCAGUGCUGGCGAAGGGAACGGCCUGUCAAUAGGCGCGCCCAUUCUAGAAACACUCCUUUCCAGUUGCGCGAGAGACUGCCUCAACUCCCGCAAGCGACGCGACGAGCUGUCCGCCGCGCUGACGCCCGUGAUCGAGGCUUCAGACGACUCCGCGGAGGCCGCGGCCGCCCUCGCACGAGCCGCCCUCGAGUACCACGACAACCACUUCCACAGCAACGGCGGGGUGUGUAAACUGGGCAAAUUCCAUAACAUCCUGUACGUGGUCGUGUCCGUGGUUGUGGAGCAGGGCGUGCAGGAUUCGGAUACGGUGACGCAGCUGCUGCAGACGCUGCACCGGUGCGAGGGGGGGCUGGACCGCCUGGUGGCCCCCGCCCUGCUCGGGCCGAAGGUGUCGCACCUUCUCAGCUCGUGGCGCUCGGACACUGACUCCGCCGAGGAGGCCAGACACCGCCUGCAGUUCUUCGUCGACCACGCCCGUGCGACCCGCCUGCUGUUGCCACAGCCUAAAGGACAGGCUACGCGUGUGCUGGACACUCCUUUGGUCACCCUUCAUGGCGCGCCGCCCCUUUAUGUCGCUGUCCAGGCUGAAGACGAAGACGCUGUCCUACUUCUGCUUCAAAACGGUGCUAAACCUGCCAUCGGAGGGGAACUCUGCCCGUUCCUGCUGGCGCUCCGGCGACUGUCAAGUUACGCGCGAGCCACCAUGGGUCAACGGGAACCCUGCUUAUGCACGACUACUCUAUGCCCUUGUUUCUAUGAGCACCCCAUCGAUUUCCCUCUGGAGACUGUAGGAGUGUUUAAGCUGAUUCUCCGUGCCAUGGGACUGCGAAGAAUAGUACACGACCCCGAGAUUCUUCACCCAAGAUUGAUAACAGACGGACUGCUUGGCGGGCCGCCCUCUCUUCGCCACUGGGCCAGGUUCAGCAUCCGCAAUCGCUUGCUCAAGAACUGGUCCCUCCCGCACGGGACGAGGAUGCUUGGCCUACCAGAGUCUGUGGUCAGAUACCUUGACUUGUAUUGUGAUUAAACGUCAGAUCAUAAAGAAUGUAGGGGAAAUGCAGGGAUCAAAUAUCAGAAUCACUGAACACAAGUGCCUUUAGCAUCAUGCAAAAUGUCAGCAUCAGCCCCGCAAUGUGGCCGGAGAGUGAUGCUUCAGGAAAUCGCUAUGCAAACGUUACUGAGAGAAACAACAUGGCGUGUCACGAAGGGCCAUGUGUAAGGCAAUGAACCGAGUGGAUGUUGCAAUGAAAAAUGGAUAAGUAAGUAACGCUGCCUGAUUAUAUGUAAGAAUCAUUCGAUGAAGAAGGCGACUAUGCUAAAGUGAAACUAGUGGGUCGGGCAACACAGAAGCAGAGCAACAGUCCCGCUUGAAGAACUGCUUUUUAUGCAGAACAAUUAUGUUAAGUUAUAAGCAUUAGAAAUUCAUUAUGCAAUCACCGAUUCUUCCUCCAUAUAUUUGGUUUACUCUGUCAUUACAUGAUUGUUUAUUUUUCUGAACUAAUUUUGAUAUGUUUGUAGAUCGAGAUCAAUAGAAGGCUUAAUUUUUUAUGUUCAGUAACAUUUUACUUGAUAUCAUUGUAUACCCUCAGGAAAUACACGAU